AUGUCGCCCAUCGCGAAGUUCGUGUUCUGCUUGACCCUGCUCGCCGCAUGGCGCCUCAGCUCGACCCUGUUCGCCGAGGCGCCUCCAGCUCCUGGUGUCGACUCCGCGUCCAGGAACGCAUCGUGCCUGGCUCUCGCCAGGGAGGCCGGAAUCCGGUCGGAAGGCGGCACGGGGCGCAACUUCGUCAUCUCGCCGCUGUCCAUCCACGCAGCGCUCGCGAAGGUGGCCGCCGGCGCGCGGGGCGACACGCUUAGCGAGCUCCUGCGGUUCCUCGGGUCGGCGUCGCUCAACGAGCUGCACCGCGCGGCGGCGACCAAGCUCGUCGGCAGGCUCAACGGCAUAGGGCAGACGUCCUUCACCAGCGGCGUGUGGGUGGACCGGAUGCUGGCGCUCAAGCCAGAGUUCAUGGCCAUCGUCGCGUCGCGGUACAACGCCACGGCAGAAUCCGUGGACUUCGUGUCGGGGGCCGAGCAGGCGAGGCAGCGCGUGAACGCCUUCGUGGCGGACGCGACCAACAAGCAAAUCCUCGAAGUCCUGCCUCCGGGCUCCGUCGGCCCCGGCACGGCGGUCGUCCUCGCCAACGCGCUCUACUUCAAAGGGGCGUGGACACAGCCGUUCGACGUCUCUACCGCGCCGUUCCACAUUCCAGGCGGCACCACCGUGCGCGUGCCAUCCAUGACGACAAGCGAGCCACAGCACAUCGCGGUCUACCCGGGCUUCAGGGCCCUCAAGCUGCCGUACAAGAACGACGUGCAGCAGCAAGCUGAAUUCUACAUGCUUAUCCUACUACCGGACAGCGAGACUGAGAUCGCCGAUCUGUAUGACAAGGCUGUGUCGAUGCGGGAGUUCAUCAAGACGCACACGCCGACAGAGAAUGUUCCAGUCAGGCAGUUCAUGGUCCCCAAGUUCAAGUUCACGUCCGAGUUCGAAGUGUCAUCCGACAUGCGGAAGCUUGGUAUCACUAGGGCUUUCGAAGGCGGCGACUUCUCGGGCAUGAUGACCGGUGGGGAAGGGCUUUCCAUCAACGGGGUGUACCAUAAGGCCACUAUCGAGGUGGACGAGGUAGGCACCGUGGCCGCCGCUGCCACGGCCGUCCUCUGGUUUGGUAGUGCGGCUCCGGGGGCACCACAGGAUUUGGUCGAUUUUGUGGCGGAUCGACCUUUCUUAUUUGCCGUGGUAGAGGAGGGGACAGAUGCAGUUUUGUUUCUUGGUCACGUGGCUAAUCCUCUCACUCACUAG